AGCACCAGCGAAGAAGACAAGGGAGAAAAGAGAUAGAAGGUGGAACUCGCCGAAUGGGUCGACGAGAACCCGAAGAGCGACGUGAUAUUUGUGCCGAAGAAAGCAUCGAACUCGUUUGAAUCUGUGGGUACUUUGCAAAGAAACGAUGGCGUCUUACGAGGGGCGACUUUGUCGAGCGAUGGAAGAGGACGAGCAAGAGCAGAACGACGUUUUCUCGCCUCCGGUCGUGCUGUACACCCAAGAUGGCCAAGAAGAACUUUUGCCGCAGCCCAACGUCAUCGGGGCGGCAGCCGAUCCUAAACUGCUCCACGUUAAGGAGGAAGAGGAGGAGAUGGACGUCAGCCAGUUGCCGCUGAACGUCGUCGUGGUGAAGAGCGAGGACGACCAGGACGAGGCGUUUGACUUCUCGCAGCUUCAUCAACGCAGUCCAAGCGGAGGCCCACCAGCAGACGACGACAACGACGACGACGGUGGCGACGACGUCACCCCCUCCCUACAGGAUCCAACCGACGUGGAAGCGGACGCACGCGAGAGCGAGUUCAUUUGCUCGGUUUGCGGGGAAAGCUUCAUCGAGGCGGACAGGUUUCGCCACAUGAAAACGCACAGCGGCGAGAAACUUUUCAUCUGUUCCGUUUGCGGCCUGACGUUCAAAGAAAAGGUUGCCCUGAUCGUGCACAAAAUAACGCACACGGCGGAAAAUCCGUUCACGUGCUCGGUUUGCGGCAAAGUCUAUUUGAUUAAAGACUACUUGAAUAAGCACAUGAAAAUCCACACCGGAGAAAAACCUCACACUUGCUCCGCCUGCGGGGAGAAGUUUGCUCACAAGGCCACUCUGAUCGCCCACACGGCGACGCACACGGGAGAGAAACCCUUCACGUGCUCCCUUUGCGACAAAAACUUUUCUUACAAGUCCGACUUGACCAAGCACAUGAGAACGCACACGGGAGAAAAACCCUUCGGUUGCUCGGUGUGCGGCGAGAGGUUUGCCCGCAAGGUCUCGUUGAUCGCGCACACGGCGGCGCACACGGGGGAAAAACCUUUCACGUGUUCCAUUUGCGGCGAGAGCCUCUCCUAUCGACACAGUUUGAACACGCACAUGCGGACGCACACCGGAGAAAAACCUUUCACUUGCUCGGUUUGCGGCGAAAGCUUCGCCCGCAAAGAAAAUCUGGUGGCGCACAUGAGAAGACACACGGGAGAAAAGCCGUAUACGUGUUCGCUGUGCGGGAAAAACUUUUCUCACAAGUCGGCCAUGAGUAGACACCAGAGGGCCCACACCGACGAAAAAGCGUUGACGUGCACGCUUUGCGACGACAGGUUUUUGAAGAGGGCCGGUUUGACGGCGCACAUGCGCAAACAUAAGACAGAAAUACGUAAGAACGACGCGACAAACAACAUGAAAAUGUUGAAGGAGUUGGUGAGGAAGCGACUUCUUGCGGCCGCCGACGAAAUCUUCGGCCUUUUUGAAAGCACCAUCGCGUCGUACGAGGAGCAACUUUGUCGCGCCAGAGAGGAGAACGAGCGACAACGACGACUGGGCGACGUUUGGCCAAAAACUCGCGUCCAAGACCCGGAUCAGCUGUCUCUGGUCAUCAAAGAGGAAGAGGACACGACACGGUCCUCUCAUGUCAAAGAAGAGGACGAGGAGGCUGACGUCGGCGAGUUGCCGCUCAAUGUGGUGGUUGUGGUUAAGAGUGAAGACGACCAACAGUCCGGCUCACCCCAGGCUGAUCUCCUCCGCUUUCCAAGUGGGGAGCGCCGCGGAGGAUCACAACAACAUAUGCUCUUGCUUCCACUGUCUGAAAACGAACAACCUUUGAGGAGCGAUGCAGAUUGUGAAGAUGACGACAAUCGCUUCCCGCACUCCGAAAAGGACUCGACUGAUAUGAGAUGUGCAACAGGUAAAAAAAGUUUCACCUGCUCGGUUUGCGGUAAAAUAUUUGCUCGGAAGGAACAUAUGAAAAAACACAUGAGAACACAUACCGGGGAAAAACCCUUUCGUUGCUCCGUUUGUGGUGAGGAAUUUACUCAGAAAGUCUCUUUGACUGCGCACACGGCGACACACACGGGAGAAAAACCUUUCGCCUGCUCACUCUGCGGCGAAACCUAUUCUUAUAAGCACAGUUUGAACGCGCACAUGCAGACACACACGGGAGAAAAACCCUUCUGUUGCUCCAUUUGCGGGAAAAGAUUCCCUCAAAAGCCAAACAUGAUCAAGCACAUGAGGACGCACACGGGAGAGAAACCUUUUUGCUGCGCCGUUUGCGGUGACGCGUUUGCGCACAAGUUCUCCUUGAGUGUGCACAUGCGGAAACACACGGGAGAGAAACCUUUCCGCUGCUCCGUGUGCAGCGACACCUUUGCCCACAGGUUCUCCUUAAAUGUGCACAUGCGGACGCACACGGGGGAGAAACCUUUCGGUUGUACGGUUUGCGGGAAAAUCUUCUCCCAAAGGGCACACGUGGUCGCGCACAUGAGAACUCACACUGGAGAAAAACCCUUCACCUGCUCCCUUUGUGAUAAAAGCUACUUCAAGAAGUGCAGCUUGACGACACACAUGCGGAAACACAACGGCGAUUUGUCCAAAAACUGUUGGCCGUACAAUCUCCGCGGCGAGUUUUACAAGUAUUUGAUCUUUAUUUACAACGGAACGUUCAAAAAGAACGGCCAAGAGCCGAGCGGACGAAAAACGCUUGCUGUCAAAAUGUUGAAGGAGUUUGUAAGGAAGCGACUCAUGGCGGCCGCCGACGAAAUCAUCGAACUCUUUGAAAGCACCAUCGCGUCGUACGCGGAGCAACUUUGUCGCGCCAGAGAGGAGAACGAGCGACACCGACGCCACCUGGAAGCCGUUCGCCCAAAAAGUCACAUCCGAGACCAGGAUCCGCAGCCUCCCUGCCUCAAAGAGGAAGAGGAGCAUGUGGAUGUCAGCAACAUGCCGAUCACUUUUGUCGCUGUGAAGAACGAAGACGACGAGGACAAGCCGCCCGAGUCGUCGUCGCAGAUUCACCAUCGCAGUCCAAGCGUAGGACCGGAAGCGAACGUGGCGGCGGACAACCACUUGGCGGCGCUCUCACAUAUCGAAGACACCGAGGAAUCAUCGAGGAGCGGCACGGACUGCGAAGGUGACGACAAACGCUCCAAAAAGGAAGCGCCGAAGCGUUUCGUCUGCUCGGUUUGUGGCGAAAAGUUCGCCCGCAAGUCAAACAUGGCGGCGCACAUGCGAACGCACACGGGGGAGAAACCUUUCUGUUGUUCCGUUUGCGGCGAAACUUUUGCGCGCAAGGUCUCCUUGACGGGACACGCCGUCACGCACACGGGAGAGAAACCUUUCACCUGCUCCGUUUGCGGCGAAAGAUUUGCUUAUAAUUACAAUUUGACCCGACACAUGCACACGCACACGGGAGAAAAGCCCUUCACGUGCUCCGUUUGCGGGAAAAUAUUCAACCAGAGGGCCAAUAUGGUCGCGCACAUGAGAACGCACACGGGAGAAAAACCUUUCCAGUGUUCACUUUGUGGCGAUCGCUUUGCUCACCGCGUCUCGUUGAUCGCGCACACGGCCACACACACGGGACAAAAGCCCUUUCUGUGCUCAGUUUGUGGCGAAAGUUUUUCUUAUAAGUACAGUUUGACCGCACACAUGCGCAAACAUCAAGGACAGUGAAGG